CUAGGCAACAUAAACCUGCUACGUUUGUGCUGAAUUUUAAGAGACUCACAGUUUCUUCGUUGAAGCGCCAUGGCGUCGCACACCGAGCAGCUUACCGAGGAGCAGAUCGCGGAGUUUAAGGAGGCAUUCGCUCUCUUCGACAAGGAUGGAGAUGGCACUAUUACCACGAAGGAGCUGGGCACGGUGAUGCGCUCGCUGGGCCAGAACCCAACUGAGGCCGAGCUGCAAGACAUGAUCAGCGAGGUGGACGCCGAUGGAAACGGCACGAUUGACUUCCCUGAGUUCCUCAUGCUCAUGGCCAGGAAGAUGAAGGAGACCGACCACGAGGAUGAGCUUCGGGAAGCUUUCAAGGUGUUCGACAAGGACGGCAACGGCUUCAUUUCCGCUGCGGAGCUGAGGCACGUUAUGACCAACCUGGGUGAGAAGCUCUCCGAGGAGGAGGUCGAUGAGAUGAUCCGGGAGGCUGAUACCGAUGGCGAUGGCCAGGUCAACUACGAGGAGUUUGUGAAGAUGAUGACGUCGA